AUGAAAGUGUGGCCGCUUUUGGGAGCGGUUCUCCUUUCAACAACACCGAUAUGGGCUCACGAUGUGGUGAUAAGCUUGCAGGCCCCAUGGACAGGAUCGUCUAUUCUAUCGGAGACAAGUGAAUUCUUCCGACAAAGAGGAUCAGAAGAUUUCUGGAGAUUUGUCGACAAUAUUGCUGCCAAGUCACCUCUCAGCUAUGAAACUGACGAGAAAGAGUACGAAAUCUCGCUAGCCGAGGCCGCGGAUUCGAUUGGAGAAGGAGCGAUUGAUCUGCUCAAAAUUUCGCUCGCAGUUCGAGCUCAUGCACCACAAGUUGUCGCUUUUCACCAGAUGGGCAUCGAGCACAAGCUCAACUGCGAGGCCUUUUUCGAUGUUCAUAGCCGAACUGGAUGCACGAAAGAGGAGCUCGUUUCUGCACUUGAAAGCGCUGAUGAGAAAAAACUACCAGAACUUACCUCAUCAGAUGUAAAGUAUUCACCCGUUAACUCAACCAAAUUGGUACUUGUUUAUGGAAAGAUUGGAUCAACUGAAUGGAAAUUGCUGCAUGAUGCAGCUGUGGAACUCGUUAAAGCUGGGAAAUGCAACUAUGUUUUCAGGCAUUAUAACAAGCAUGGCCAAAAGUCGAUCUCGCUUUCCGGUUAUGGAGUUGAGCUCUCGAUCAAGAACACUGAAUACAAGGCUCAAGAUGAUUCAAACACUGUCAAGGAACCAAUCACCGAUUCGGAGAAUCUCCACGGUGUUAAUAUCAAAUUGUUGAAGACACUUUACCCGGACCACAUUGAGUCUCUCCAACAGUUCCAAGAGCAUUUAAGGGAAAUCGAUGAGUUAGCUCCAUUGAAACAGUGGCAAGUACAGGAUCUUGGAUUCCAGGCUGCUCAAAAAGUUGUGUCAGCAGAAGCAGAGAAUGCGAUUGAUGCAUUGGUCGACUUGAGUCAGAACUUCCCCACGCAUGCUAGACUGCUAGCAAGAGAAACAGUUGAUGAUGAGCUGCGUAAGGAAAUCGAGCUGAAUCAAGGAGAAGCUUUCUCACAACACGAUCUUUCACCCGGUGACUCUGCUCUUUACAUCAAUGGAAUCAAAUUGGACGUUGAUGAUCUCGAUAUAUUCCAGAUGCUCGAGACUUUGAAACAAGAAGAGAAACUCGGUGAAGGCUUCUUCAAUAUGGGUUUCCGGCGAGAGUACCUAUCCAUUCUUGUCUCACUCGACAUGUCAUCUGAACGAUCAAAUUAUGGUGUUGACUACAGAGAUGCCGUCCCAUUCUAUGUUAACAAUUUGGAUACCGACAAGAAAUACAAACAAUGGGGAAACUCUGUGAAGUUGAUGCUUCAACCGUACUACCCUGGAAUGAUUCGACCAAUUGCCAGAAAUCUUUUCAAUUUGAUUUUUGUUGUUGAUCCAAAAGACAAAGAAAGUCGAAAUUUGAUGAAGAUUGCUCAAUCUUUCUAUCAACACGAAAUCCCAUUGAGGAUUGGACUCGUCUUCUCCGUUUCACCAGAUAAAGAAGUAACUGGUAUGACUGAUGCUGGAGUUGCAAUUCUCAACCUCUUCAACUUUGUGCUCGUUGACACCUCCGUGGAGCAGGCUUUGAAGAUGGUGAACAAGUUGUAUGAUGGUCUCGCAACCAGGGAUACAAUUAGCGUUGAAGAAGUUCAUACAUUCUUCAAGCGGAAUUUCAAGGAUAGUGAUAUCAAUGACGUGUUUGGAGCUUCAUCUGAUUAUGAUAAAGGACGCGCACAAGGAGCUGCUUUUCUGAAGAAAUCAGCGAUCGGUAAAGCACCAAAAGUGCUUUUGAACGGAUAUGCGCUUGAGGAUGAAGGAAUUUCUGGAGACAAAAUUGAGGAGACGAUCAUGAUGGAAAUUAUGAAGAUUACACCGAAACUUCAGAAAGCUGUCAUGGAUGGAACACUGAAGGAUAAGAGCAACGUGCAAAACUGGCUAUUGGAACAACCAGACAUCAUGCCUCGCUUAAACAAACGGAUCCUCUCACCACCAACACAAGCUGACUAUCUGGACUUGACAAAUGUUCUCGGAUGCAAGGCCAAAAACGUCAAGGAAUUUGAAGCGCUCGACAAUGCCCAGAAAGGAACCUGUAUGAUUGACAAGCUGAAGUACAUGAACAAGGGUGACGAAGAAUCGACAAAAGCAGCUACAUUGUGGGUUGUUACCGAUUUGGAGACUGAAGAGGGACGAGAUUUGGCUUAUUCUCACAUCAAGCAUUUGAAGCACAGCUCGACCAGCCGCAUUGCUUUCAUUCCAAACCCAUCGUCGCUUGAAGCUGCCUGUAAACCCGAGAGCACAACUUCGAGAAUUCUUGCCGCUCUCCGUUUACUUCCAUCAAACCAAGCAAAAUUGAUGGUGACAAAGUUUGUCAAGGAAGAAAAUCAAGGCUCUUCGAUUGCCGAUUUGGCUGUUGGAGGAAUGAAUGUGGAAGCUUUUGAGAAAGACCGUUCUCUGUUGCCACUUUGUGAACAUAUAAAAAUGCACAGUGUAUUUGCUAAAGAGGUAAUUGGUGUUGCGCCAGGGAAAUCGGCAAUCGUUGCCAAUGGAAUGCGGAUCGGGCCUCUUGAUGACGGGGAAAAGAUUGAAGAGGAGGAUGUGGUGUUGCUAGAGAAACUUCUACAUGCACGAGGAGCCAAAGCUGUUGCCACCCACAUCGACAAAUGGGAAGUUGAGAAGAAAGACGGAAAAUCAUCAAAUGUCGUUCUCCGAACAUUCUCUCUCAUCGGAAGAUCUUCAGCAACUCAAAAGCGCUCUUGGGUUGCACUUCAUGAUGACAAGAAGAGUGUUGUCACUCUCAAUGCUGAUGAUCCGACCCGUGCCACUUUGGAUGUUUUUGCUGUUGUUGAUCCGUUGAGCAGGGAAGCGCAAAAGUUGGCUCCAAUUCUUCAUUUGUUGCGGAAAACGGUGAACUGUGAUAUCAAGAUUGUGAUGAACCCGAAAGCAAAGCUCAGUGAGCUGCCAUUGAAGAGAUUCUAUCGCUACGUUGCCGCCGCCGAGCUUCAAUUUGACAGCGCUGGCCAAAUCGCUGUUCGACAAGCCCGAUUCUCUGCCUUGCCCACUAAGCAACUUCUGGCUUUGAGUGUCCAUCCACCAGAAGCCUGGAUGAUCGAAGCCGUCUCAGCUCUUUACGAUUUGGAUAAUAUUCAAUUGGAUCAAGUUUCACAAGAUGUUGAAGCUGUCUUUGAACUGCAAAAUAUUUUGCUGGAAGGACAUUGUUUCGAUGAGAUCACUGGCGGUCCGCCUCGUGGCUUGCAAUUCGAUCUUGGAAAUGUGAACGAUCCAACGAUCUACGACACAAUUGUCAUGGCCAACUUGGGUUAUUUCCAAUUGAAGGCCAACCCGGGUGCUUGGUUGCUGCAACUUCGCGAGGGCAAAUCGAAAGAAAUCUACAAGAUUCAAUCGCAUUUGAAUACGGAUGGUGAUGUUGACGAUCGAGUGCGGAUCAUUAUCAACUCUUUCAACGGCAAAGUGAUACGUGUUCGAGUGGCCAAGAACGAAGGGAAAGAAGACGAGAAACUGUUGGAUAGCGGUGAAGAGGGUGGUGGCAUUUGGAGCAGUCUCGGCACGCUUGUUGGCGAAAAACAUGAAACAAUCAACGUUUUCUCUCUCGCAUCCGGUCAUCUCUAUGAGCGCUUCAUGCGCAUUAUGAUCUUGUCCGUGAUGAAAACAACAAAAAGCAACGUCAAAUUCUGGCUUCUGAAGAACUACCUCAGUCCACAAUUCAAGGAAGAUCUCCCGCUUUUGGCUCAAGAAUAUGGAUUCGAGUAUCAAUUGGUCGAGUACAAAUGGCCGAGAUGGCUCCAUCAGCAAAAAGAGAAGCACCGUAUCAUGUGGGGAUAUAAAAUCUUGUUCUUGGAUGUGCUUUUCCCGUUGGAUGUGCAAAAGAUCAUCUUCGUCGACGCGGAUCAAGUCGUGCGCUCGGAUUUGAUUGAGUUGAUGAAUUAUGGGCUCGAUGGGAACCCAUACGGAUAUGUUCCUUUCUGUGACUCCCGGCAAUCGAUGGAGGGAUUCCGAUUCUGGAAACAAGGCUAUUGGAAGAAUCACUUGGCUGGAAGAAGAUAUCACAUUAGUGCUUUGUACGUCGUGGACUUGCACAAAUUCCGCCAAAUCGCCGCCGGUGAUCGGCUACGCGGACAGUACCAAGGCCUGUCGGCUGAUCCAAACAGCUUGUCGAACUUGGAUCAAGAUCUACCCAACAACAUGAUCCAUCAGGUACGAAUCAAGUCACUUCCACAAGAAUGGCUUUGGUGUGAGACAUGGUGUGACGAUGAGAGCAAGGGGUCGGCAAAAACAAUCGAUUUGUGCAACAAUCCCCAUACGAAAGAGCCAAAACUUGAGUCGGCGCAACGAAUCAUUCCCGAAUGGCGUGAUUACGAUCGAGAGAUCAAAGAGGUGGUUUCCCGGAGAAGUGAAGGACUUCAAGCGAAAUCCGCAAAAGUCGAUGAUCAUACCGAGCUG